CCGGAUUGUCCUAAGCGUCAUAUUGCGGCUGCACGCUCCACACGCCCUCACCACCACUAACGCCCGUCGUGCAAUUGCAUUCUUCGUACCCUCGUCCCCCUCGUGCAUUGCCCCCCCCCCCUCCCCAUCUACGCACCAUCGCUGCGUUUCAGGCCUUCGCAGCUCGACACCCACCAUCCCUGCACCCCUCGUGAACCCGACGUCAAAGAGCUGCAAUCGACCCCUCACCACCCACCUCCCAAUGUCCCUCCCUCCAGACUACUCUAAUGAGAUAGCCGCCCUCGACCGCGAGAUCCUCAAGCACAAGCCCAACGAUAUCCUCCAGUUUUGUGCGAGCUUCUUCAACCGCCGCCUCGAGUCGCAGCGCGCGGAGUUCCUGCUCUCGCAGCAGCAUUCCAGCCAGCAAGGCCGUGCUGAGCAUAGCUUCCCCGGCAACAACCCUUUCGGCACAUCCCCAGGCUCCGGCGGCUUCUCAAAGAGCCCAAUGCAGCGCCUCGAAGAAGAGGAGGAGAGCGACAUAAUGGCGUCCCCCACUGCGUCGUCCUUCGCACAGGCCGACCUGAACAAUGCCCGCAGCAGCGACCAGGGCGAGAGCUCCUUUGGCAACUUCGGCAACUUCGGCGGCUUUGGAGGCUCCUCCAAGAAUCAGGUCACGCAGAUGCCCCCCAUUGCCGGUGGCAGCACUCCCAACAACUACAACACCAACAGACGCGUCUCCGUGUCCGCCGAGUCGCUCAACCCCGCAUCAGCAGACAACGAUAACUUCACGCCGCCGUUCCACCACAAGACAGACGAGCAGGUGUCACGUCUCAGAUCCGCCGUCUCUGGCAACUUCCUCUUCUCACAUCUCGAUGACGAGCAGUCUGCACAGGUGCUCGGCGCGCUGCAUGAGAAGCCAAUACCUACCAAGGGCAUUAAGGUCAUUACACAGGGCGAUGUAGGUGACUACUUCUAUGUUGUCGAGAAGGGAUCUUUCGAUAUCCAUGUCAACAAAUCUGGCAAGCUAGAGGCUGGCAUAGAUGGAUUGGGUGCCAAGGUAGGCUCUGUAGGCCCUGGCGGCUCCUUCGGUGAGCUUGCGCUCAUGUACAACGCUCCUCGCGCUGCCACCGUCAUCUCCGCCGAGCCAUCGACACUGUGGGCGCUCGACCGUGUCACCUUCCGCCGCAUCCUUAUGGACAGUGCUUUCCAGCGACGACGCAUGUACGAAGGCUUCCUCGAGGAGGUUCCGCUCCUCUCCACUCUUACUCCAUACGAGCGUUCUAAGAUCGCAGAUGCCCUCGAGACGAAGAAAUAUCCUCCUGGUACUGAGAUCAUCAGGGAAGGUGACAUUGGCGAGUCAUUCUACAUCCUCGAAUCUGGGCAAGCGCAGGUAUACCUUCGCGGCAACGACCAGCCUGUCAAGAGAUAUAACAAGGGCGACUACUUUGGUGAGCUUGCUCUGCUGAACGACGCACCUCGUGCUGCGUCUGUUAUCAGCGAAACCGAGGUCAAGGUUGCAACGCUCGGCAAGAAUGGCUUCCAGCGUCUACUUGGCCCCGUCGAGGGUAUCAUGAGGCGGAACGACCCCAGCAAGCAUGAGAGCGGCAGUGUCGAUCCCUUGUCAAGGGUCUCAUAAGCUGCGCACGUCGACACUUGAUCCAACAGUUUGGUAUGAUAAACGAGAUGACCUUGGACUAUGAGCGGAGGAGUGCAGAUUUCAGCAGCGAUGGAGUGUGGUAGACACUCUUGCUUCUUGGCGUUUUUCGCAUGUAUUCCUACUCUUCCUACUGUCACUAAACGUCCGUUGCCCUUGAUGGAUGAGCGGCGGCUUGGUUCGGGGCGAGGAAUGGGCUUAGUGGACCGAUUUGUUACCUAUACUCCAACUGCGCGUAAAUGAAAGAAUCAAAGAC